AUGAGUCUGGAAAAAAAUUAUUUACUUUUAUUGCAUCCCGCGGUCUCUAGAGAUCCUGAUUUACUAAGGAGAACCAAAGAGCUAGACAUACUAAGUGACUGUACUUCACUAGACCAAUACUUAGUGAAUAAGGUAAACGAUUCAAGUAUCAAGUUAGAAGACGGCAAGUAUGAUCUAAUAUACUACGUAACCCCAGAGUCUCCAAGUGAGCUUCUUUUCCCCAAGAAACUGAUCCCAGUGCUAACGCAGGCCCUCAAAGAAAAUGGUGUGCUACUCGGCCUAACCGACAAAUAUAAAGUUGAAGCCCUUGUUUCGGGUUACGAAAUUUUAGGAACACAAGGUUCGGACUAUCGCUGGGUCAAAAAAUACCCGUUACAAGCCCGACCCGUUGCUGCUGUAUCAUUACAGAAUAGACCUUCUUCACGUGGUACGACGCUCGCCUCGAAGUCAAAGUUACCAACAUUCCGUAGAAACUCGCCCAAACCUGUAAGCCCCUCCACCUCCCCCCCAGCCCUUAAGAUAGUGCAAAUCUCUCCCUCAGAGUCUUUUGACUCAGAAGACCUGCCUAUAGAUUCCGCCAAAUCAAAGUACUUUGACGAGGUCGAAGACCUGGAGGACUCCAUUUCCGAGGACGAGCUUGUCGCAGACAACUAUGCUCCUCCAAUAACUAUCGUAAAGUGCCUUAAAACUAACAACCCCAGGCGUAAGGCCUGCAAGGACUGCACCUGCGGUCUCAAGGAACAAGAAAUGAACGAGAUAGAUACCAUCCAAGCUAAACAGACCCUGAUCCUCUCCGAACUCCCAAUUAAAUUUGAUACAGAAGAACUAAAUGAAGUUGACUUCACCAUAGAGGGGAACAAGGUUGGGGGCUGCGGUUCUUGUGCAUUGGGCGACGCUUUUAGGUGCUCAGGUUGCCCUUAUUUAGGAUUACCAGCUUUUAAACCGGGGCAAACCAUAAACCUAAACAGCAUAUCCGACGACCUUUGA